GUGGAUAUGGAAGUUACAAGGUCAUCUAUACCAUCUGAAAGGCCUUUUGAUAAGGUUUUAUGGUGACAAGAGGAGGUUGCGAUUUCUGCUACUCCUGUGCCUGCAGCACUGUGAUGCCUAGGCCUACAGGUAGUGGGAUAAGCUAUAUGACCCGGCACCUGUGGUGUGAGAGUUGAGUAUUUAAGGUUUGGAGGGGCAGGUUUUCUCCUGGAGCUAUGUCUAUUUUAGAGCUGAGGAAGACCAGUGUACAGGUGCCCAUCCAAUUGGUGGCGAGAUAGAAGUAGGUGGAGGUGCUGCAUAGAAAGAAUACACCUUGGCUAGGGAGGCAGAAUUGUAAAUGUAUGGCAAAAAGGGAAUGUAAAAGAUUGUUCUCUGAGUGCCAGGUGUGGAGGGAAGAGGCUAGAGCCACUCCGGUUAGGGGUUGAAGAGGGUGUGUUGAGGUGAGCUGGCUAGCUCCUACUGCUGAGUUUUCUAAGUGUAGAAAGAAGCGUUUUGUGUCAAUAAGCAGUUCAUUUGAAGGUGUGUUAGGCAGUGGGAUUUCCGUGCAUUCGGAAGUGGGGACAGGGUCUAGACAAGCGCUCCACCCUGCGAUUUCUGAGCAGGGCCUGUGUCGGUUAUUGCAGAAUCCUGAUGUUUUUCCCAUGACUUGGGUCUGAGGGGGUUGGAAAUUUUGAGAAUUUGUGUGGGGUUUGUUACUGUUGUUUGGAUGCCUGUUGGGGGAGUGAGUGUUAGGAUAUAGUUGCAUAAGCUAGAGGAGAGGGUGCCCAGGGGGACUCCUGAGGAAAGUUCAUGUUUUAUGCAUAGGGAUGCGUGUUGGCUGAGUUUUAGUAAGUGCUCCUAAGAUAACCUUGUGUUUUGAAGUAUGUGCGGGAAGAUUGAGUUUGCAACCUUUGAGUGCAUUUACUCCUCUGAAACAUUGGUAGUGGGGGUGGAGGGUUGUAUUGGUGAGAACCCAGUGUUUGAGGGGAACUGGGAAGGCAUCCUUUGAUGUAGUUUCUGAGGGGUAUACACAGAACCAGCAGGCCUUGGCCAGGGAGGGGUUAGUUUGAUUGAGUAUCGCAUGUGCCUGUUGAAUGGUGCGCUGAAGGUGGAGCGGUAGUGAGAAAAAGGAGGGGAGAACGAGUAGCUAGAGAGAGGGCAAGUGUAAAGGUAAAGAAUUCCGCUUCAUCUGGAGUGAAUUCCUGUAAAUCCCCUUGAAAUAGAAGAUCAGUGAUCCAAUCAAGGAAUGCCGUGAGGGUGGGAUGUUCUGGGUAGGACCAUGAGAUGUUUUCUGUGAUGCAGUGAAGGAAGAGGGUAAAACGGCAGGACGGGCAAAGACAGGACAUUUAGGAGGGGCAACUAUUUGUUGGUGGCUGUUACACCGGCUAUAAGCAGGAUUAUGAGGCAAAAGGUUACGGAUAUUGAGAUUUUUUGUUUGAAACUCCACCCAGGAGGCAAGACAGUAUAUAGUCCUACGGCAAAGAGUAGAGUAAGUAGGGUGAUUCCUGCAAGGGCAGCGUAAUGGAUGAUUUCCAUUAAUAAGGGUUUGGAUACUUAAUGGUAAGGGGUGACAACUUAUCUGUUAUGGUUCAUGGGGGAAGAGUGGGGUCUUCUGGGAUGGGUGUUAAGACAGAGUCAAGUUGGUCUGAGAAGGGUGCUGGGGUAUUUGCAAGGAAUAGCUGGUUGGUUAGUUGGUGGCGGGUCAGCUCCAGAGGCCCUUUUUAACCUGGGAAGAUGGUACCAAAAGUUGUGUCCUGAAAGUCUGGCUGCGAUGGGGGUAGUGAGAAGGACUUGGACAGGGCCUUCCCCUCUUCAGUUUGAGACUCGUUGGAGUAAGAGUUUUUAGAAAGACGUAUUCUCCUGGAAGAAGUGUUUGGUAGGUGAGGCCUUGGUGGGGUUUUGGGAGGGCCUGCUCAGCUUGUUCGUGGAGAAUAUGACAAAUGAGGGAGAGUGUUGAGAGGUACUCUCCUAAUUGAGAGUUAGGAGGGGGCCUCUUUUGUAAGAGGAAAGGGUGUCCAUACAUUAACUAAAUGGACUGUGGAAGGAGGGAACUUUGGGACUGACUCUGAUGCAAACCAGUGCUAUGGGUAAAAGGGAGGUCCAAGGUUUUUUGACCUCAGACGUGAGUUUGAUUAACUGAGUUUUGGGAAUUCCAUUUGCCUCCUCGACUUUUCCAGAUGACUGGGGCUGGUGUGGGAUAUGGAGGCACCACUGAAUGCCAAAGGAUUGGGAGACUUGUUGGGUAAUUUGGGAGAUGAAGCUAGGUCCAUUGUCUGAUUGUAUAGAGCGAGGGAGACCAAAUCUAGGGAUGAUUUCUGUUAUGAGAAUUUGGGAGACUUCUGCAGCUUUUUCUGAAGGGUAGGAAAUGCUUCUACUCCACCUGAAAAAGUGUCUAUGAGGGUAAGAGGAUAUUUAGUUUUUUUGACGGGAGGCAUGUGGGUGAAGUUUACUUGCCAGUGCUCCCCUGGGAGUGUUCCUCCGAGCUGUUGUGCAGGGAUGAGGAGAUGGCGGAGGAUCCCUUGGGAGGAAUAUACGACAGUUUGAGGUUAUGUCCUUUAGUGAGAUGAAUAGUUGGGGGGAGGAGAAAUAAGGGCGAAGGAGUAGGUACAGAGGGUGUGCACCAAUAUGGAAGGACUGGUGAAGAGAUGUUAGAAUUUCCUUGCUUUGCUCUUGGGGAAGAACGAGCUUUUGAUAUUUGAUUAUCUAGUCCCCUUGAAGGGAGGCUCCUUGCUGUAGUAUCGAAACUUUUCGGUGGGAGGCUAUUUGGGUGGGACGGCUGGGGUGACAAGGAGGAUGGGUGCAGGGAGAGGAGAAAGGGAGGCCUGUUUUGCUGCCUCAUCAGCCUUCCUAUUUCCUUUUGAGAUUUCAUCUGAUCCUGCUUGAUGUCCUCAACAGUGUACGACUCCUGCUUCACUUGGGAGGUGUGCGGCCUGAAGGAGUUGCUCUUGCAGACCGUUUUCUACGGGGUCACCUGCCUGGAUGAUGUGCUGAAAAGAAUCAAAGGGAGAAAAGAUAUUAAGUUCCUAACUGCCUUCAGAGACCUGCUUUUCGCCACACUGGCUUUUCCUGUAUCCACAUUUGUAUUUUUGGCAUUCUGGAUCCUCUUUCUCUACAAUCGAGAUCUCAUUUACCCCAAGGUCCUAGAUACUGUGAUCCCAGUGUGGCUGAAUCAUGCAAUGCACACUUUGAUAUUCCCCAUCACAUUGGCUGAAGUCGUCCUCGGGCCUCACUCCUAUCCAUCAAAGAAGACAGGACUCACCUUGCUGACUGCUGCCAGCAUUACUUACAUCAGCCGCAUCCUGUGGCUCUACUUUGAGACAGGUACCUGGGUAUAUCCUGUGUUUGCCAAACUCAGCCCCGUGGGUCUAGCAGCUUUCUUCUCUCUCAGCCACAUCUUCAUCGCCAGCAUCUACCUACUUGGAGAGAAGCUCAACCACUGGAAAUGGGGUGACAUGAGGCAGCCACAGAAGAAGAGGAAGUGAUUGCACACCGUUUUCCAAGAACCAAGAAGGAAGAAAACACAAGAGAUUUUUGUCAUCUUUUUUUUUUUUUUUCCUGAUGGAGGGAGGUGGUAGAGCAACAUAGGAAAGCAGGAGGGACAGAGAGUGAUACUUACAUUUAAUAAGAAGUUCGUGAAGGUAGCUUAACUUGAGAACUCUUGGUUUUUUGAAAGGUUGACUGCACAUGCCAAAAACAACUCCUGCCAUCUCAGAUUUGAUUACCUUUGACCUUCAUGGAGGGUGGUCUCUGGUUAAAACCUAGCCAAAGAAACUCACAUAAACUUGGUGUUACAGAACAUCUAGAGAGAGAGAGAGGAACUUAGAGUCAUUUAAACUCUUAAGUUUACAGAGGAGGAUGCUGAGGACCUAGAUGAGAAGUUACCUGCACAAGGCAAAAGGGUUACUUAGUGUCAGAACCAAGGCAAUGGCUUCUGUCUCCUGGAUCUCCUAGCUACCAGUCCUGGGCCUUUUUUAAAAAAAAAUAAUAAUAAUCCCAACUUUCCUUUAAAAACCAAGCAUUUCAUUAAGCUAGUUAUUUUCAUGGAUUGCUCAUCCAUUUUUUUACAAUGAUCUAAAAAUGUAGGGUGAUGGCUACCACUGAAAUUGUCUGUCUACUUGAGAUAAUAGCAAAUUAAUUGGAGACAAUGGGAAAGUAAGUUAUAAAAAAUACUGGGAAAUCUGUUUCUUUUCUAAGCAAGCAUUCAGGGCAGGUAUUAGUGACACUGUCAAAACCUCUUCCAUUUGAACAUUGAUUAAUUCAUCAAAUAAACAGUGUGUUAAUA